CCAUCAGUGCACUGUGGUGACAACUUGAUGACUCUGAUGCUCAAGGGGAUCAGAGCUCCUCACAUUCUUGUGGAUAGUGGUGAGGGACCUCGUAUUCCUUUGUCUCAAAUGCCCUCUGAAUGUGGCUUCUCUGUGAAGAGGUCCCGCAGAGAUGUGCACUUUGCUGCACCUUACGAGGGCUGCCAUGUUACCCAGCAGGGUGGCAAUUACGUUCUACCACUGCGUUUAUGGGGGGCACCAAUGACAAUGUCUUGCCCUGCUGCGUUACCACCACCGUCUGUUUCCUGCUUCCCAUCUGGGAUGGUGGUAAAGAUGAGUGGUAUUACAGCAAAUGACCUCAAAGUUAAGGUUUCUGGGAUGUGGAGGUCCCUUUCAUCAGUCUGUGGCAGUUGUGGAAUUGCUGUUGAAAUGCUCUCUGGAGGACUGACCCUCAUUGCACCCUACAACAGAGGCCUGUGCAUAAAGAUGAAGGAUGAGGAGUAUUUACUCUCUCUUCUGUUGGCGGAUGCUGAGCUCCUAGUCACAUGCCCUUCAUUACCAGACAUCAAACCGACCACAGCAGCAACUACGCCACCCAGUGAUAGUGGCCAGGUUCUGCAGUAUCCACAGUACCACCAGUUUCCAGUAUUUUCUCAGUACCCAGUGUUUCCAGGGCCCGCUCCUCCACCUCACACUGCUGCCCCUAACAAAGGUGCAGCGGCUCCGUCAUCACAACAUCCACAGCUUCUCUCAGGUGCUGCUAGAGACUCGGACACUGAAAACCAAGAAGCAUCUGCAGCUCAGCACCCUGCAUUUCCAUUCCUGCCACACUUCUCCCAGUACCCUCUGUUUCCCAGACCCGUACCGCCAACUCAGUCUCCUGCUACUAAAAAUACUGCUGCUCCCCCGGCCAAACAACCUCAGGUGCCGCAGUCGCCACACUAUCCAUUUCCUUUUUUCCCACAUCUCCCCAUGGUACCUGGAAAUUUCCAUCCAACAACCCCUCCUCCUCCUCCUCCUGCCACUAACACAGAGGCCUUGGAAACCACACCUGCCCCCACCACUAAGCAUGAUGGGAAGCCUAAUGUUCCCCAGCAGCCACAGUUUCUAAUGCCCCCUCAUUAUCCUUUCUUGUCAUUCCCAAAAGUCCUGCAGUCUCCACCAGGUCAAACUCCACAGGAUCCCAAACCUGUGAUCCAGCAGCCCAAACCAUAUCAUGUGUAUCCUCAGACCUACCAGAUUCCUGUGUUGUAUCCUCCUCCUAAGUAUCCGACUCAAACCGCCACUCCUGUCACCACCACAACAACAACAACAACCACCGCUGCUACGACUUUAAAGCCUGCAGCUCAAAAGCCGUUUUAUUACCCACACCCUUAUAUGCCAGCAUAUUACGUUCCUCAGAAGGCUCCCAAUCCAGUAUUUCUUGAUCCAGUGACGCAUCCCGCAAACCCAGCUCCAACUGAUCAGCAGGAACGUCAGCUCAUGUACCGUGCCAUGCCUCCAUUUUAUCCUUUUCCUUCACAUCAAAGGCCAAAAUCGGCUUCAAGAAACCGGUGAAGGUUC